AGAGCAGUUGUAAUAAUGCUUUCCAUUCAUCUUCUGACACUUCAGGCUGCCAUGUUAGGAAAUGUUUUCUGUGGAAAUGUGCUGAUUUGGCCAGCAGAAGCCAGCCACUGGCUAAAUGUUAAGGUUAUCAUUCAGGAACUGAUACACAGAGACCACAAUGUGACCAUCCUAGUUUCAGCAGCAUCACUUUUCAUUAAACCUGGAGAUAUGUCCACAGCCAAAUUUGAGAUAUACCCUGUGCCCUUUGGAAAAGACGACAUUGAUUCAGUUAUCAAUGAUUUCAUCAUGCUGUGGCUGAAAAAUAAGCCCAACACUUUCACCUUCCACAGGUUUUACCAAGAGCUGGGAAAGUUGGUGAGGAAAAUACAUGUUAUCAAUAGGCAGAUGUGCGAAGGAGUGCUGGCUAAUCAGGAACUCAUGCUCCGUCUGAAAAAGAACAAAUACGAUGUGCUCCUUUCUGAUCCUGUGAUGAUCUGUGGUGACCUGAUUGCUUUAGAACUGGGUAUCCCCUUUAUGUACACCUUGCGCUUCACUCCAGCCUCAACUGUAGAGAGACACUGUGGGAAAAUCCCUGCCCCUCCUUCAUAUGUUCCAGCUGCUUUGUCUGAGCUGACAGACAGACUGUUGUUUGGAGAAAGGGUGAAAAAUGUCAUCUCCUACCAUGUACAAGAUUAUGUUUUUCAAAAAUACUGGGGAGAAUGGGAUUCUUAUUACAGCCAGGUUUUGGCUGACUACAGCCACUGGAUAAAUGUAAAAUCUAUACUGCAUGAGCUCACAGCCAAGGGCCAUCAAGUGACGGUGCUAAUGCCUUCAUACUUCCAGGCAGCUAACUCAAAUGCCUCUUUCCCCUUUCAAAUAGAAGUGAUCCCACUUCCAUUCUCAAAGGAGGACACAGAUACUUUGCUGCAAGACCUUUUCUACCUAUGGGUUUAUGAGAAGCAUGAAAUAUCUGUCUGGGAAUUUUCGACCAAGUUCUAUGACUUUAUAAUGGAGAUGUCUGACAUACAAAAAUCUUUCUGUGAUGGGAUUUUGUUGAAUGAGAAAUUGCUACAAAAGUUGGAGUCUGCUGCUUUUGAGGUCCUUCUUUCAGACCCAACCACGUCUUGUGGGGAACUGCUAGCUGAGAAGCUUCAUGUUCCAUUUAUGUAUUCUUUCCGGUUCUCUCUUGGAAACACAAUGGAGCGUCUUUGUGGUGGUCUCCCAGCUCCUCCAUCCUAUGUGCCUGCCAGCCUCGGAGGGCUAACAGACAGGAUGUCUUUCAUGGAGAGGAUGGAAAACAUGUUUGUUUAUCUUUCACAAGAUAUCUUCUUCCACUAUUUUCUCCUCAAAGACUGGAAUAAAUACUAUAGUGAUGUUCUAGGGAGACCCACAACAUUGUGUGAAACAAUGGGCAAAGCAGAAAUAUGGCUGAUCCGAACCUACUGGGACUUUGAAUUUCCACGACCAUUCUUACCAAAUUUUGAAUUCGUAGGAGGGCUGCAUUGUCAGCCAGCAAAACCUUUGCCUAAGGAAAUGGAAGAAUUUGUCCAGAGUUCAGGGGAACACGGUAUUGUGGUAUUUUCUCUUGGUUCAAUGCUUAAAAACCUAACAGAUGAAAAGAGUAACAUGGUUGCGCUGGCCCUCAGCCAACUUCCACAGAAGGUGAUUUGGCGAUACAAAGGGAAAAAGCCAGAAACACUAGGCUCCAAUACCCGACUUUAUGACUGGAUACCACAAAAUGAUCUACUUGGACAUCCCAAGACAAAAGCCUUUAUAACACACGGUGGAACAAAUGGGGUCUAUGAAGCCAUUUACCAUGGGAUUCCCAUGGUAGGGAUCCCCAUGUUUGCUGACCAGCCUGAUAACAUUGCUCACAUGAGAGCAAAAGGAAUGGCUAUAGAGUUGAAUAUCCACACAAUGAAAGCACAAGACUUGUUGGAUGCUGUGAAUACUGUCAUUCACAAUGUGACAUAUAAGGAAAAUGCAGUACGAGUAUCGCAGAUUCAUCAUGACCAACCCAUGAAGCCUCUAGAUCGAGCUGUCUUUUGGAUUGAGUUUGUCAUGCGCCACAAAGGUGCCAAGCACUUGAGAGUUGCUGCCCAUGACUUGACUUGGUACCAGUAUCAUAGCAUUGAUGUCAUUGUCUUCUUGAUCAGCUGUGUAGCACUUUUCAUAUUCAUUGCUAUAAAAAGCUGCUUAUUUUGCUGUCGGAAAUGUGGCAUCACGAAGAAAACAAAAACGGAAUAGUUUUUGGGACACAGCCAUCAUGUACCAUAUAUUAUCCAGCAUGUUCAGACUGGGUAUGUUUAACCAUUUACCAUGAUGUUCAGUUUGAUUGAAUGUAUAAGGAAACCUAGCUUUCUCAGGCUCCAUUCAAGUGGCAUAGAUUUACAAGUAUUAAUAAAGAUACCUAUAAAAAACGUUGUUGUUGUUGGGUGCUUUGAAGUAGUUUCCGACUUAUGGUGACUGUAAGGUGAACCUAUCAUGGGAUUUUCUGGAGCUAGGAGUGUGUUACUCACCCAAAGUGAUCCAGUUUUCCAUGGCUGAGCAGGAAAUUGAACUUUGAUCUUUCAGUCAUAGUCCCAUGAGCAAACUACUACAUCAUGCCGGAUUUCAAAACUUUAGGUUUAUUUCUAAUUGAGGUAAACCCGUGGUUUGGGACUGAAAUAGUGCAGUCACAGCUUUCUGGAGAUCAGUGUCUCUGUACAGCGGGCCCUCGGUAUCUACGGGGGAUCCAUUCCAGAUCCUCCCAUGGAUACCAAAAUCAGUGGAUGCUCAAGCCGCAUAGUACUCAAUGGUGGUGCAGCUGCGACAAUGACAUUUUGCCCCUCCUUUGAAGCCCGCCUCAUUGCUCACCUCUUCUUCCUCCUCUUCUCCUGUUGCUGCAGCUCUUCCUCCUUUUUCAUCCUCCUCCUCCCCCUCCUCUUCACCCAGUC